UUCUUCUCUCACUAUAUCCAAACAUCUUUAUAGUAUGCUUUGAUCUUGUUCCUCUUACCAUUUUCCGCAUCCGUUGCAAUUGCAGAAAUACGAAAGCUUUCAUCGUCAUUAUCAUCACCGUUCAUCUCGUUGAAACAGACCAAAUCAGCCAUUUAUGUUGCAGUAUAAAUAUACAUCAAGGUCUUUCUUGUAGUUCUUUGUUGUAUCUUUAGUAAAAAAGCCAUGACAUUUAGAUCAUCCACAAGUUUCCUAGAGUUGGCUUGUAAGGAUCUCAUGAAUGUUCCCCAGACUCCUCGAACUCUUCCUAAGGUGAUGACUGUUCCUGGCAUCAUCUCUGAUCUAGAGGACGAUUCAGACACCACAAUGUCAUCAUGCCGCGAGCGAAAGAUUAUUGUGGGAAAUAUGCUGCCUUUGCAAGUACACAAAGAUGUUGAAACUUCCAAAUGGUAUUUCAGUUGGGAUGAAGACUCUCUUCUGUUACAAAUGAAGGAUGGUUUUCCACCUGGGACUGAGGUCAUAUACGUAGGUUCUCUCAAGGUAGAAGUAGAUGCAAGUGAACACGACGAAGUUGCUCAGAUACUUCUAGACAAUUUCAAUUGUGUGCCAACUUUCCUUCCUCACGACCUUUAUAAAAAGUUCUAUCACGGUUUCUGCAAACAGCAGCUAUGGCCUCUAUUUCAUUACAUGCUGCCCAUGUGUCCAGAUCACGGCGAACGCUUUAACCGUCAACAUUGGCAAGCUUAUGUAUCUGCUAAUAAAAUAUUUGCAGACAAAGUUAUGGAAAUUAUUAACCCAGAAGAUGAUUACGUUUGGCUUCAAGAUUAUCACCUUAUGGUUCUUCCUACAUUCCUGCGUAAGAGCUACCAUCGUGUUAAGAUUGGUUUCUUCCUUCACAGUCCUUUCCCUUCAUCUGAGAUAUACCGCACCUUACCUGUCCGCGAUGAAGUUCUGAAAGGAUUGCUGAAUUGCGAUCUAAUUGGGUUUCAAACGUUUGAUUACGCACGUCACUUCCUGUCAUGCUGCAGUAGGAUGUUGGGCCUCAACUAUGAAUCCAAACGAGGACAUAUCGGUCUUGACUAUUUCGGUCGUACUGUUUACAUUAAAAUCCUACCUGUUGGUAUUCAUAUGGGUCAACUCGAAACUGUGAUGAAUCUUCCUUCUACAUCCGCAACUGUGAAAGAAAUUACUGAGCGGUACAAAGGAAAAAAAAUGAUUAUUGGCGUCGAUGACAUGGAUAUCUUCAAGGGAAUCAGUUUAAAACUUCUAGCCUUUGAACAUCUCUUACACCAGCAUCCACAUUUACAAGGCCAAUUGGUCUUGGUUCAGAUUGUAAAUCCUGCAAGAAGUUCAGGGAAAGACGUCCAGGAAGCUAAAAAGGAGACAUAUUCAGCAGUGAAGAGGAUCAAUGAGAUUUAUGGUUCCCCCGAUUACGAGCCAGUAGUUCUCAUUGACCGUCAUGUUCCUCGUUAUGAGAAAACCGCCUAUUAUGCCAUGGCAGAUUGCUGUAUCGUCAAUGCAGUUAGAGAUGGUCUGAACCUCGUUCCGUACAAGUAUACUGUGUGCAGACAGGGAUCCCAAGGUAAUAUAAAAUCGGCUGAUUCUCCUCGUACUAGUAUGCUUGUUGUGUCCGAGUUCAUCGGUUGUUCGCCAUCUUUGAGUGGAGCAAUCAGGGUUAACCCGUGGGACAUUGAUUCAGUGGCCGAGGCUUUGAAGUCUGCAAUCUCCAUGCCAGAUUCUGAAAAGCACUUGCGGCAUGAGAAACAUUAUCACUAUAUUACUACUCAUGAUGUUGCUUACUGGACUCGUAGCUUUAUGCAAGAUUUAACGAGAGCAUGCCAAGAACACUAUACAAAGCGGUGCUGGGGAAUCGGCCUUGGCCUUGGCUUUAGAGUUAUUGCUCUUUCGCCUAACUUUAGGAAGUUGUCUAUUGAUCUCAUUGUCUCUACAUAUACAAAGACCAAAAGAAGGGCAAUAUUUUUGGACUAUGAUGGUACCAUUGUUCCUGAAAGCUCUAUUAAUAAGAGUCCAAGUCCUGAAGUAAUUAGUGCCUUGAGUACUCUCAGCAAUGAUCCUAUGAACACUGUGUUUAUUGUUAGUGGAAGGGGAAGAAGUUCGUUGAGUGAGUGGCUUUCCCCUUGCGAGAAGCUUGGCAUUGCUGCCGAGCAUGGUUAUUUCAUGAGGUGGAAUAAGAACUGUGAGUGGGAAUGCAGUCCGUCUUCAACUGACUUCGAGUGGAAAGAGCUUGUAGAACCAGUGAUGAAAUCAUACACAGAGGCUACAGAUGGAUCUAGCAUAGAGUCGAAAGAGACUGCAUUAGUAUGGCACCACCAAGAUGCGGAUCCUGAUUUUGGAACAUGCCAAGCCAAAGAAUUGACGAAUCAAUUGGAAAAUGUACUUGCAAAUGAACCUGCAAGUGUCAAUAGGGGACAAAAUAUUGUUGAAGUCAAACCACAAGGAGUGAGCAAAGGAUUGGUUGCAGAGAAGGUUCUGUCAACUAUGGUUGACAGGCUGACGCCACCAGACUUUGUAAUGUGCAUUGGAGAUGAUCGAUCAGAUGAAGACAUGUUUGCUAGAAUACUUAAUACAGUUUCUGGCCCAUUGUUUCCAACUCCACCGGAGAUAUUUGCGUGCACAGUUGGUCGAAAACCAAGCAAGGCUAAGUAUUACCUUGAUGAUGCUACUGAUGUGAUUCGUAUGCUUAGAGGGCUUGCUAAUGCCUCAAGUCCAAAACCCAUCCAAACCACACAACACUUCCGGGUUUUAUUCGAUAAUGCAUAUUGAUCAUGUCUUUUUGUGUUACAGUUUUGAUGACCAGGAAGUAUGUUCCUGGUUAUGUAAUGGCUGUUUAUGGGUGAAUAGACCUAGAAAAAAAGUGACUUAAACGAUCAUCUCUGUAUAUCU